GAAAUUUGUGGGAAACCAUUUCGAAGUUUGAAGCGAGCAAACAACAACAGAGAAAAGCGAAAAUAAAAUAAAAUACAGAAAACCUAAAAAGGACUAUAAGAACAAAUCCUUUUUCUAUUUUUCCUUCUAUGAGAAGUGUCAUAGGAGGGUUCUUGUGAGAAGAUUUUAGUCCUGAUUUUGUUCAUAUAAGAGCCUUCUUUGUUUGUUUUUUGGGUUCAAAGAAGGCUCUUCUCUUCUUCUAAAUAAUUAUCCGAAUAUUGUUUUCUUUUUUAUUUUCUGGGUGAUUUUAAGAAGAUGAUAAGAUGGUGGAUAUCUGCUUUGCAGUUAACAGAGUUGUUUGUGAGUUCUAUGGUGCAUUUGUUAUAUGGGUUUUAUAUAUUUAGCUCAGCCGUGGCCGGUGAUCUCUCUCAGGCUUUCAAUGAAUGUUUUUUCAAGUCUAACGUCAAUGUUCUUGAGGUUAAACAAGAAGAGACGAAAGAUACAACCACAAUCGAUCCUAAUGCUCUGCCUCCCAUUGUUUUAGUCCAUGGAAUCUUUGGAUUUGGCAAAGGGAGAUUGGGUGCUCUAUCAUACUUUGCGGGGGCGGAGAAAAAGGAUGAGAGGGUUCUCGUGCCGGAUUUGGGAUCUUUAACCAGCAUAUACGAUAGGGCUCGCGAGUUGUUCUAUUAUUUGAAAGGCGGGCAAGUCGAUUAUGGUGCCGAACAUAGUGAGGCUUGUGGGCACUCGCAGUUUGGACGGAUUUAUGAGCAAGGUCAAUAUCCUGAAUGGGAUGAGGAUCAUCCUAUUCAUUUUGUUGGGCACUCAGCCGGUGCUCAGGUUGUUCGUGUUUUGCAGCAAAUGCUUGCCGACAAGGCAUUCAAAGGGUAUGAAAACACUUCAGAGAACUGGGUACUGAGCAUUACAUCCUUGUCUGGGGCAUUUAAUGGGACUACAAGAACCUACUUAGAUGGGAUGCAACCAGAAGAUGGAAGAAGCUUGAAACCCAUAUGUCUGCUUCAGCUGUGCCGCAUAGGAGUUAUAAUUUAUGAUUGGCUUGAUAUUCCCUGGCUUAAGGCAUAUUACAAUUUUGGCUUUGAUCAUUAUAAUAUGACAUGGAAGAAAAUGGGUAUUCGGGGUCUUGUUGAUUGCCUCAUGGGAAAUGCAGGCCCAUUUGCUUCAGGAGAUUGGAUUCUCCCUGAUCUUACAAUUCAAGGCUCAUUGCAGCUCAACUCUCAUCUGCAUACCUUUCCCGACACAUACUAUUUCAGUUACGCAACCAAACGUACAAGGAAGUUUAUGGGUUUCACAGUUCCUUCUAGUAUACUUGGAAUCCAUCCAUUGCUCUUUAUCAGAGUAUUGCAGAUGAGUCAAUGGCGUCAUCCUCCAGAUGUUCGUCCUCCUUACAAAGGCUUCAGGGAUGAGGAUUGGUGGGACAAUGAUGGAGCACUGAACACCAUAUCUAUGACUCACCCUCGUCUCCCAGUUGAACACCCCAGCCAAUUUGUUGUCAAUGAUUCAGACUGUCAGCCGUUGCAGCCGGGCAUCUGGUACUACAAGAUUGUUGAAGCUGAUCACAUAUUAUUUAUAGUGAAUCGGGAAAGAGCAGGUGUUCAAUUCGAUCUGAUAUAUGAUAGCAUUUUUGAGCGAUGCAGAAAGCAUGUGUUUAGGAAGACUCCACUAACUGUACCAAACGAAACCCACUAGUAACAUAGGAUCUGUUACUCUCACACUUACCCUACAAUUUGAAGAGAAAAUUAUAAGGAAAGCUGAGUUAUAUUUCUCACAUUAAAAUUUCCCCUUGUGAAUGUAAAUUUCCACACCCAUUUUCAUUUUGCUCUUUUAUUUUCUUGUGUCAUCAUGUCUAGAUUGUAGAACUGUGAGAGCUAGCAGUUGCUUUGGUUUUUCCAUACCAAUGUUAGGUGAUCUAUAUUGGAAACAAAGAUUCUUGCACAUGAAUACGUUGAAUUUAUUUUUGAUUAUAAUACUGUGAACUUUUAUUUUCCAUUUC